AGCCGCGAGCCUCGCUCUUCCCCCCCCGGCGGCGACGGCGACUGCGGCGGCGGCGCUGCCACCUCCAGCGGCAGCAGGAGAGAGCGGAGGCGAGCGGGCGGCGGGCUCCAUGGAGAGCGGCGGACGCCCGGGCAGAGGCGGCGUUUCCUCUCCGGCACCCGGGCUGCAGUGACCCGCGCUUGUUCCCUGCCCCGCGUCGAAGCGGCCGCCGACUCCGGGACUGACCGGCCUCGCUGCCACUCCCCGCGCCGCCGUCUCGCCUCCCGGCGCCCCCCUGUGCCCCGACUCGCCCGCGCCCCAACUCCCCGGCGGGGUGGCGGCGGCCGGGCCCCCGCGGCGGCGGCCGGAGCAGCAGCGGCAGCAAGAGCCCGCCUCUAUGAUGAAGUUCAAGCCCAACCAGACGCGGACCUAUGACCGCGAGGGCUUCAAGAAGCGGGCGGCGUGCCUGUGCUUCCGGAGCGAGCAGGAGGACGAGGUGCUGCUGGUGAGCAGCAGCCGGUACCCUGACCAGUGGAUUGUCCCUGGAGGAGGCAUGGAGCCAGAGGAGGAACCUGGUGGCGCUGCCGUGAGGGAGGUGUACGAAGAGGCUGGAGUCAAAGGAAAGUUAGGCAGACUCCUGGGCAUAUUUGAGAACCAAGACAGAAAGCAUAGAACGUAUGUUUAUGUUCUUACUGUCACUGAAAUAUUAGAAGAUUGGGAAGAUUCUGUUAAUAUAGGAAGGAAGAGAGAAUGGUUCAAAGUAGAAGAUGCCAUCAAAGUUCUCCAGUGUCAUAAGCCUGUACAUGCAGAGUACCUGGAAAAACUAAAGCUGGGUUGUUCUCCAACCAAUGGAAAUUCCACAGUCCCUUCCCUUCCAGAUAACAACACCUUGUUUGUGACUGCCGCACAGACCUCUGGGUUGCCAUCCAGUAGAAGAUAGAACUGGGAGGACCUCCCAUGUGCAGUCUUGUGGGGAGAGGUCUCUUUAUUUUUCUUGGUAAACAUCCGAAUGAUGCUUGCAAACUGUCUGAAUUUGCCAUGCAGGAUUUUCAAACAAUUUGCAAGUUUUUCAGAUGUUUUCAGAUCUUCUUUAAAAAAAAAAAUGUAAAAUAUUUUAAUAAGCCAAAGCCAUGUGGAAUUUUUUUUAGAUGCCUUAAUUGUGCCCCUGCCCCAACCCACACUCCCAUUCUAGUUGUCAAUUUUUCACACAUUUUGUUCAGUUUUUCGUCCAUUUGACAUCAGUCUGUGGUUUUUGUCAGAUCAGCUUAUGGGUAGAUCUUUUCUCUAAAAUUAUUUCCUCAUCACAGCAUUAACAUAGUCAACAAAUUCUUAUGUUGUAGAAAUUUAUAAAAAUCUUGAUAUUAAAGAAAUCUGUCUAUCUGAAAACGUGUAUCACAGGAUCACAGUUCUAAUUUCUAAAUUCCAGAUUUUGACUAUUUCUGUAUGGUCCAGUAACUACUUUGACAAAGGACUUAAUUUGCUAUUUUCAGGAAUUUGUCAACUCAUUUGUCUAAAUUUUCACAACUGGUACGUCUCUAGCUACCUGAUAGGGCCAGUUUCCCUCUAUAACCCGAACUUUCUGUUAAAGGACUAUUAACUGUAUACAGUUGGUGAUUUUUAGAGAGGUAUGUUAAGAAAGAUGCAUGUAAUAAAUACAUCAUCAUGAAAAACUGUAUUCAUGAGAUUUAAGUUAAGCAUGCUAGAUUGCCAAUUCCCUUUAUCCAUAAUCUCUCUACACAGAAUACUUGAGAACCAUAAUUCUCUUGAGGUAAAUGUUUCCUGUUUUUUAAUUUACCGACCCCUCUAGUUAAACUUACUGGUUACCAGUAGUGACCCACAGAAUUAAGAGUCUAACCUCAAAUGCUAGUCAAUGGUGACGACAUCACAGUUGAGAAAUGGCCUCCUUGCUGUUCCACUGUUACAGACUUAGAUUAUUAAGACACCUAAGAAUGUCUCAUCUUUCAUAGGUUGCUAGUAAGGUACUACUUAUCCUAUAACUAUUGGGGCACUGGAACAUACCUGAACCAAGAAUUACUUUGUCUUAUCUUUACACUCACUUGGAAUCAAGAAUCCACUGACACACACACAGGUACCUUGUCUGAAGCCCCUGUGCUCCCUUUCCCCACCAAAACAAAACAAAAAUAACAGAAAUGAGACGGGAGGACAGAAACAUUUGAAUAAGAAAAACAUGGGGCGGGAGGAGUGAAAGAUGAUUCUGUAUGUAGGCGUUAGCCUUGUAAAUAUUAUAACUGGUGAGUAUAGAGUAGAAAGUUAGUAUAGUUGUACAUUCUACAAAUUGCUAACCUUUAAAAAUAUACUUGCUGCUAAAAAAUAGAGUGCUGUUACACCUAAGGAAAACCGGUGCAGCUGUUUUGAAAAAGAUUUGUGCCAUAAAUGCAGCUGAACUAAAUACAAAUAUUAGUUCACAAAUUAAUGCUGUCAGAGGAAUGAGUAAAAUAGAAAGACUUUUAACCAAUGACAUUUCAUUCUAAAUUACGUAGUGUGAUCAAACAUGAUCAUCCAGAAUUUUUGUAUUUUUCUUUGUAUAGGUUAUGUUUCCUGGGUGUUUUUUAAAAAGGAAACAUUUUAAAUCCACAGAUUGACACUUUCAAUCUUUAAUGGACUUAAGAUUUUUUUCUCAGUAAUCGCUGAAGUCUUUAAAUUAUAUACCUUAACACAGCAGAGGAACUGGAUUUUGUAUAUAAAACUGUCCACCUGAAAUGCUGUCACAAGUACUGGGGGUGGGGGGGGAUCUUGUACAUGAUAUUCUUAGAGGUAAUAAUGCAUGAACUUACUUUAUAAACUCCUAGACUGUGUAUUUGAUAUGUAAAAUAUGUACAGUAUUGUCAGCCAUCUCUUAAAAGUUGAGCCUAUAAAUAUUGUUGUAUAAUUUUUUUUGGUCAAGAACAUUUGGACUAAGUAGUGCCACUAGGGUCAGGAUUUUCUUCAGUGCCAUUUAGCAAACCAACGGUCUUCAGGUCUAUGCAACUAGCAAAAAUUGGUAUGAUGCAGAAGAAUACUUCACAGUUGUCGCACUUUGAAUUUCACAUGAGGGAUUCUUCACUAUUCCUCUGGAACCCAGGCUAGCAAAAUUAGAGGAAAGGCCCUAAAGAGAUUUCCAUUUCUGUUGAGGAGGAAAAGCCUUCCUUUCCAGGCUCAAUAGUUGAAUCUACUAUGGAUGACAGUGUCUACUAUCUCAACCCUUGAAACUUCACAAAGUGUUGGGACCCAUUCUGCUUUCUGUGGUGUAGAUGGAUAAAAAUUGGGCAGCUAAAUUUUUCAGUCCCAUGUGCCUCCUAAAUAAAAGAAGUUAACUAGGUUAUAAGUUGACAUGCAGACACAAAGUAGCAAACUAUCCUGAAUAUUUGUUGUUGGGGGUUGUGUGUGUGUGGGUAUGUGUGUGUGUUUCAAUAAACAGGUGAAAUUUGCCCACCA